UUUGUUUUAAAUUUAGGCUAUUUAAAAACGUUUUAGUUUCUAUAAAUUUCUUGUUUUUUUUUUAGUUUUAUUUAAUAGUAUCUAUUAACUUUUUCCAUCAAUUUGUUGACUUUAAAAUAUAAGACUCACUUCCUAAUGGAUCUCAAUGAUGAAGAUGGAAUCUGGGACAGUGUAUUGCUAGAGCCAUUGACAGAAGAAACGUUUAUCUCAAAUUUGAAUUGUAGAUAUGACUCAAAUACUAAUUAUACAUACAUGGGAAAUAUGCUUAUUGCUGUGAAUCCAUAUAAAGAAGCACAUCAAGUUUCUAUACCUCUAUGUCGAAUAUAUAUGUCACCAAGAUCAGGCCAUUUACCACCACAUCUUUAUGCUAUAGCUAGUUGGGCUUUUCGAUGGUUGGUAGAUGCUGCUCAAGAUCAAUGUGUUGUCCUACAAGGUAUUUCUGGCUCAGGUAAAAGCCAUUCUAUUUCAAUGUUGCUGCAUUGUUUAUGUGGGACCAAUAAUCAUAAUAAUUUGCUCAAUCAACGUUUGUUGAAUGCUAACAUCAUAUUAAAUUCAUUUGGGAAUGCCAAAACACAUAUUCAUAGUGAUGCUUCCCGUUUUAUAAAACAUGUUGAUCUAGAAUUAAAUUUUAAAGGAGAUAUUGUGGGUGCUACAAUUACAGGAUAUUUAUUGGAUAAAUCGAGGGUAACGUCGCAAAGUGCAUUGAAUAGGAAUUUUCAUAUAUUUUAUCAACUCAUUUAUGGUGCUGAUAUUCAUUUAUUGAAAUCCUUAAAACUUACCAGAAAUUCAGAAAACUAUGUUUACUUAAAAUGCAGUAAUCGUAUUAGACAAAUUGAUGUUGUUAAUUUUCAAUCAGAAUAUCAAUCAAUAAAGUAUGGAUUUGAGAUUUUGGGACUUAGUGAAUCUGAAAUAACUAGUAUUUUUAAGAUCAUUAGCAGUAUAUUAAAAUUGGGCAAUUUGAAUUUGGUACCUACUAAUAACAUCGAUGGAACUGAAGGGUGUAUUAUUACAAAUGAUUAUGAGUUAUACGAGCUUGGUGAAUUAUUAGGAACUGAUGGCGAGGCUUUAAAAAAAGUUCUUACAUCAUCAGUAUUAUCAUCUGGACUUUCUGCAAAAGAAGCUCGUUACAUCAAGGACCUGCUUGCUCAGUCAUUGUACACUAGGUUAUUUUCAUGGUUGAUAACAAGACUCAACCAAAGUGUUAAAGCUGAAGCAAAAUAUAAACGAAGAAAUUUAGGAUUUUUAGAUGCGUUUGGUUUUGAUUAUUCUGAUAGUCAGAUGGAUUGGGAUAAUUUUGUGUUGAAUUCCUGUAAUGAUAAAAUCCAUAAUUUAGUAAUAACAGCAACAUUAAAAGAUGAGCAACAAGAAUAUGCAAUAGAAAGAGUACAAUGGUGUCUUAUUCCAUUUUAUGAUAAUACAUCAGUUUGUGAAUUAAUAUUCAAGACAUAUGGAGGAUUAUUGAGUAUAAUGGAUGAUUUAAUAUUAGAUAGUAAUAGUAUAACAGUUUUUAAACGAAUUUGUGCAUUACAACGACAGUACAGUUCAUCAUCUUCUGAAGACCAAAUCAGUUCUGCAGUUGAGCAAAUAUCAUUGAAUGACAGUUUCAUGUUAAAUCAUUUUAUGGGCCCAGUUAAGUAUAAUAUUAAUACUUUUGUUGACAAAAAUAAAAACAGUUUGAGUCCUUUGUUAUGUUCUACUAUGUAUAAUGGUACACAUCCAUUAUUGAAGUCUUUGUUUCCUGAAGGAAAUCCAGAAAGAAUGUCAUCAUUUACUGUUUCCAAUCCAGCUAGUCAAUUACGUGUUUGGGCAGAAGCAUUUUCUGCAACAUUAUCUGGUCGCCGUUGCCAUUAUGUAACAUGCAUAUCACCUAAUCGUCAUUGUCAAGUAAACUCUUUUGACUCUUCUUUUGUACAGCAACAAGUUAGAUGGUUUAGCCUUGUUGAAAUUGUUCGGUUGCGUAGAUCAGGCUUUUGCUAUCGACUUACAUUUGAAGAAUUUCUUGCACGAUAUAAAAUGCUUAGUCCAGCUACUUGGCCUAGACCUCGGUAUGGCAACACAGCUCGUUCUAUACGGGCAUUAGUUGUGUGCUUACCAAUACCCAGUGGAGAGUUUGUGUAUGGUGUAUCCAAAGUAUUUGUACGUUCUCCAAGGUCCGUAUGGGAAUUAGAACAGUUAAGAGCAGAACGUCUUAACCAACUUGCAGCUUUGGUGCAAGAAGCUUGGCAUAGACAUAAAAGACAGAAUUCUUCUCAAAACUUAUCAAAUAAAUAUCAACAAUUUAGGUAUAUCAUUUAUCAUAUUAAUCAAAAAUAUUAUAAGUUUUUAAACAUACUGUUUUGGUAUAGGAUUACUGAUACAAUUUCAGCUGCCAAAUGCAUUACUAGAACAGUUUUAACUUGGCAGAAACGUCAAUAUUUGAUGAGAUUAUCAAGAAGCUUAAGUGAAGCUACUGAGUCGCCUAUUUGUAGAGCUUGGGUACCAUUGUCUAAUGCUCGAUUUGCGCACACACAUUAUUUAUUAGAGACACUACAUCACAAAUGGAGAUGUCAUAAAUAUCGGGAUAAAUUAGAUCAGACGUCAAGAAAUCGUAUGCGUGAGAAAGUCACUGCCAGCAUCAUAUUUAAAAAUCGUAAAGCAAGCUAUAGUCAGAGUGUUGCACACCCAUUUAUUGGUGAUUAUGUCCGCCUAAGGCAACAUAUUCAAUGGAAAAAGACUGCUUUGCAGUGUGAUGAUCAUCAUGUUGUGUUUGCUGAUAUAGUAAACAAAAUUACUCGGAGUAGCGGCAAAUUUGUACCAACUCUUCUUGUGAUUUCAACAAAGUCUAUGUUAAUAUUAGACCAUAGAACCUUACAAGUUAAAUACAGAGUACCGGCUGAAGAUAUUUAUCGAUUAUCAUUAUCACCAUUUUUAGAUAAUGUUGCAGUAUUUCAUAUAAAAUCAGCUUAUGUGAGAUGUCCCGAAGAAGAAGAUGAUUUGGGUGGAGAGUGGUCACCAUCACCAAGUGGAUGCUUAUUUCACCAAGGACCUGUUGUUGGUCCUUCAGAUAGCUCUUAUAAAAAAAAGGGAGAUAUUGUUCUUCAAACUAGCCACGUCAUAGAAAUAGUCACCAAACUGUUUUUAGUUAUUCAAAACGUGUCUGGUAGUCCACCAGAUGUAAACAUAUCUACUAGGUUCGAUGCGAGUUUUGGUGACCAAACUGUAACUAUAGCAUUCAAAUAUUUAGGAUUACCAGACAUAGCACCCGGUCAAAUCAAAAUUGUUCGUAAAACCAAUAAGAUGGAGAUAUUUGUAUAAGUAGACAGUCAGUAAUGUUUCGUCUAUGUGCCUUAAAAUAUUAAUAUUUGAGGCUGACACUGCCAUUUUGUAGCUAAUACUUUGUUGUAGUAUCAGUAAGCCAUGUUGGAAAUGUUGGUUGUAAAGCCGUUAAAUAUAUAAAAUUAAUCACAUUUUUAUUUAUUAUAAACUAUAAAGUAUUGCACUA